AUGGCGCUAUCUGACCGACCCAGCCGAAAGGCUAAACGGACGGACGUAGAUUAUGCAGUUCUGUCGUCAGGUCAACAAAUACCCGAGUAUUCCGACGAGAAUGAUGACUCAGAUGACGAGAAUUAUGGCUCGAACUAUAAGAAAAAGCGUCGCAAACAAGGUGCUGAAUGUUUUAUCUGCCAUCGACCGCCAAGAACUUACCGAAAUACAAUGCUACAAUGUGACAACUGUUCACGACUAUACCAUGCAGCAUGUGGUAAGCCCUUCCAAUCAGCUUCAAUCCUAGGAAACACAAGUUGCUACGAAUGUCUUCAAGAAGCUAAAGUCGACUUGUUAAGUGCAUUGCCUCGCAAAACACUAGACUCGAUCACCGACUUUAUUCAACUUUUAAAAAAGGCAAAAAAGAUCGUUGUGAUUGCUGGAGCUGGUAUUAGUGUGUCGUGUGGCAUUCCAGACUUUCGUUCAAAGGAUGGUAUUUAUGCCAUGGCACGCAAUAUGGAUGUUGUAUUACCAGAACCUGAGUGUUUGUUUCAGAUAGACUACUUUCGAGACGACCCAGCACCAUUUUUUGAAGUAGUACGCAAUGCUUUUGCCAGCUCACCCAAACCGUCACCAACGCACUGGUUUUUAAGGCUGUUACAAGAUAAAAAAAAGUUGCUUCGCGUGUAUACACAAAAUAUUGAUGGACUCGAGGAAGCUGCUGGUGUGACAAGGUGUAUCCCUUGCCACGGUAGUUUUGCUUAUUCAGCAUGUAUGCGCUGCAAGAAGCGAAUACCUACAAAUUCUUUAAUGUCGGUUAUUCAAGCUGGAAUUGUUCCUACGUGCUCACAAGCAAAUUGUCGCGGUGUUUUGAAGCCAGAAAUUACUUUUUUUGGUGAAAUUUUGGACGAUAAAGUUAGUACCAUGAUCACAAAAGAUCGUUUACGAGCAGAUUUGCUGAUUGUCAUUGGAACAUCUCUUAAAGUUGCACCUGUGAUGGAGAUUCCAAGCUACUUGCCGUCGCAUAUUCCCCAAGUUGUCAUUAACAAGACGGCGUUGAAGAAGAAGAAGUUAAAGUCGAAAAACUUGUCGGCCGGUGGAACAAUGAGCCAAAUUAGUGGAACUCAAGACAGCAAAAUGGACGAAGAUAAUGAAGAGGAGUUUGACAUGUCGCUCUUGGGAAAUUGCGACGAUAUUGUUCGCUACAUUUGUGCCCAAGCUGGUUGGGACUUGGAUCAGUAUGGACUCGAAUCUGCUCAAAAAACGGACCUUUUAAACGAUAAUCAGGUGCUGUCCCAUCAGCAGUCAACUGGCAAGCGAGUUUAUUGCUUUGGCGAAUGUCAAUGCAAGAAUAGAUUAGCUGCUGGUAUGGAUGAUGAUGAUGAUGGAGAAGAUCAGCAGGGGGGUGAAGAAGAAGAUGAAGGUCUUGAAGAAGAUAUUGUAUGUAAUCGUUGCGAACAGCAGAUCGAUACAGAAGCUGAUCCAGGGUCAAGAUGCAAGACAAUUCACUAUCGGUGCAAUGAGUGCUUUGACUAUGAUUUAUGUGGCGAUUGCUAUCCUAAGCGAAGAUAUACGCACAAAGGUGGCAAACAUCGGAAUUCAGUAGAUACUUCAGCUCAAAAUAUCUAA